AUUCCCUUCGCCUUUUUUUUAACGCCUUUAUCAUCUGCCACAAUAUUCCGAAAAGACCCAACUUCCAUUUGGGUUCACUCUUCUUCCUCUUCAAAGCAUUCGUACAGUGAAGUGAAGCAGUUGCAGGGCAGGCAGCCAUGGGAGUGGCCAUAUCUCGGCUUGUGAGGAUGCUGUUUGCCAAGAAAGAAAUGAGGAUUCUAAUGGUGGGUCUUGAUGCUGCCGGGAAAACAACCAUUCUGUAUAAGUUGAAGCUUGGAGAGAUUGUCACCACCAUACCCACCAUCGGUUUCAACGUUGAAACAGUUGAGUACAAGAAUGUUAGUUUUACAGUGUGGGAUGUUGGAGGCCAAGAUAAGAUCCGGCCUCUAUGGAGGCACUAUUUUCAGAACACUCAGGGUCUUAUCUUUGUGGUAGACAGCAAUGAUAAAGAAAGAAUAUCAGAAGCCAGGGAUGAGCUUCACAGGAUGCUCAGUGAGCAUGAACUGGUUGAUGCAACUGUGCUCGUGUUUGCUAACAAGCAAGACCUUCCAAAUGCUAUGACCGUUGCUGAAAUCACUGAUAAACUGGGCCUUCACUCACUCCGAAACCGCCGCUGGUACAUCCAGGCUACUUGUGCCACUUCGGGCCAAGGACUGUAUGAAGGUCUUGAUUGGCUGUCUAGCAAUAUCUCAAACAAGGCCUAAUCCUGUAUUGAUGGGAAGCUCUUUAAAUGAAGCCAGGAGGAAUUUAAGAAAACUUUGUAACUGACCUACCUGGGCACUCUGAUCUGCAGUGAUUAAAUUCUCAUAGUUUGUAUGCGAAGUUUUGGUUUGAAAUCCAAGAAAAAUAUGUACAAAAGCUACCCCAUACCAUGUGAACAAUAAUAACAUUUUCAUAAAUAAAUAUGAUGAUUUAUAAA